AAGAUGAAAUACGAAAAUCUGACACAAAUUAUCGUGAAGCUAUUUCGCCAGAAGAACGACUUGCUAUUACACUCAGAUUCCUUGCCACUGGUGACACCUUCUAUACCAUUGGGCAUAGCUUUCGAGUUGGCUUUACAACAGUGAGUGCAAUCGUAACCGAAGUCUGUGAAGCGAUAUGCAGACAUAUGGAGCAUAUAUAUUUACCAGAACCAACAGAGAAUAAAAGGAAAAAAAUGUGCUGAAGAAUUUGAAAAUAGAUGGGGAUUUCCCAAUUGCAUUGGCAGCGUGGA